AUGGUCGGUAUUACAAUCUGCGAUCUGAAAGCUGCGGGUCAGUUUGACGCUUCUCUGAUUGCUACGCCCCGUAAGCAUCAGGUCGAGUUGGUGCAAAUGCUUAGACCUGGGGUGUCUCCAGGGAACCUUGUAAUGGGGCUUCGUGUCGAAGAAGGAAUUGAUGACACAGAGAUCAUAACGACAGCAGAACUCCAGAAGGCGCUGCCCAUUCUCAUUCAUUUUCCCAAAUCCAAACUAGCCCAGGCAGCAAGGCCAAGAGCUGUGAUCAGAACCAACCUUUACAUUAAAGUCUCCCAGGAGGAAGACUGGCUCUUGUUGAGCUCUUGUCAGGUGUCGACGGCAGACGUGGUAUUGAUACACUUACGGAGUGUGGCAAGUAGAGAGAAGGUGCUGGUGGACCUAGGUCCACGCGACCCUUCUCAGCCCUGGGUUAUGUUUGAGCCAGAAACACAUUUACAGUCUAACGUCCUCUUCCAUACGAAUUAUGAGUUGCUAGACGGGUUCUUCAACCGCACGAUGCACCACCGGAGAGACUCAGACAUCCUAGUGCUCCAUGGGUUUAUUGUGGGGCGUGGCCGGGACGCUUCCUUCCUGCCUCCAUCUUGGCGUCAAGAUCCUGUACUGUUUCCUAACAAAACCAGGAGGAAACUGGCCGUGGCGUUCGUUUCCAACUGUAAGGACAACAGUGGAAGGUUACAAUAUAUCCGAACUUUGAAGAAAUACGCCCGGGUUGAUGUGUAUGGCAGAUGCGGCGACCAUAAGUGUGGAAGUUCUCGAUAUGCUGAGCACGCAUACAAACCUGCAACGGAUCCCUGCAUGAGGAUGGCUGGCGAUAGUUACCUGUUUUAUUUGGCGUUUGAAAACGCCUUAUGUACGGACUAUGUAACGGAGAAGCUGUACAAACUUCUUUACUAUCCACUAAUUCCUGUGGUGCUUGGGGCGGCCAACUACAGCGCCCUCAUGCCUCCUGGCUCCUAUAUCAACGCCCUGCACUACACACCCCAACAACUGGCUUACAAAAUGAAAUACCUCGCCGAUCACCCUCAGAUAUAUGUAAGAGUGCAUCAGUACAACGGCACUGCAGUAAUGGUCAACCAGACCCAAGAAAUUGGUCUCGCACAACGGCACUGCAGCACAUUGAACAAUGAUGGGCUAAGCACGCCUCCUUGCGACGAACUCGACUCAAAUGGUGCAGAAAGUUUACUUAUGAGCCCCCUUGAAAGAACCGAGGCAGUUGUGAUACAAGGGUACCCCUUGAGGAUGUCAGAGAUGGGUCUGAAGGCUCCAAGAAAUCACAUUAAUGUGAUGUAUCAAUGA